AUGGCCGCGUUAGACAUACUAGACGACACCAGACUUGAACGGUUGUUACAGGAUAUCAACCAUGAUGAGAGGGCUACAAUGGUGGCCGGUGAAAUUCGAUCGAAAUUACAGUGCAUAAUGACGGACUUUGACUUUGUUGUCGACGCCUGGCCUCACUAUAAAGCUUUAGUUAUCCGCCGCCCUAUACAUAUACGGGAAAGAUUCUCCAGGGGUGCUAUGGUAUAUGCUAAAGACCCAGAAGCCUUGAGGGAGCUACUUCUGAGAGAUGGAGUCACGGAGUGGUUGGACGAAGUCAGUUUUAGAGGCUGUGAUUCAAGAGUGAUGCCAGUUUUCUCGGCCCUGUCGGAGCAUCACAACACAAAACUCACCUGUACACUGAAUGGUGUGCUCCUUAGAGUCACCGAAGAUUCUCUGACACUCAGGCCGAUACCUGACGGGUUUACAGUGACAAGUCUCAAACCAGAUCAGUCGGAGAUGGCCAACUCUAAUUGGAAGUUCAGUAGUGAAUACUCCAUAAAUUACAUCAGAGAUAUAAUUGGGAAAAUGCCGUCUUGUUGCCUGUACGACAACACGGGAGACGUGGUGGGCUACGCCUUCACCUACCACUACGGCUUUUUGGGGAUGUUGCACGUGAAAGAAGAUUACAGGGGGAAGGGGUACGCCAAGGUGAUCGUGUCCCACUUAGCACAGAAAUGUCUUCAGGAACAGAAGUAUGUUUCCGUGGUUGUUGAAAGCGACAACCAUCUGUCGCUGAAGCUUCAUACAGAUUUAGGAUUUGUAGAAGUGCCAGACUUGAGGCUUUCGUGGGUAGACCUGACUCCAACGUCCAAUAUACCAACAGCUGAGAAGGAAGUGUUCAAUAGUUAGCAAACUGUCAGUGGAAAUUAUGAUUUGACUCUGAAAAUCAAUAUGAGAAAGAUGUCCCAAUUAGAAAAUACCAAUAAAUGAAUGAUUUCCAACACAAUUCAAUCAAAAUCAUGUUUCACGAUUUGUCAGAUGAAUAGCUUUUGCGUGUGUUUGUCCCUGCCUGACGCUCGGCAUUAAUGGGUACAACAAGGACUGGUCGGCUCGGAGUCAGAGUUGGGUAGUCAUGCUUAACUGCGACAUGGUAUCU